AUGUCAUCAUCGUCCAGUUCGUCAGAGUCAUCGCCUCACUUAUCGAGGUCAAACUCGCUGGCUAACUCUAUGGUUUCCAUGAAAACAGAGGACCAUACAGGAUUAUAUGACCACAGGCAACAUCCCGAUUUGUUACCAGUCCGUCACGAAGCGCCUCGAUUGAAACGAGAGGAAACAGCCAAACACUCCAAGCCUACCGCUCCCAAAAAGCAGAAGAAGGCAACGAAACGCGACAGCCAUGCGGAGGCUGAGAAUCCACCUGCUAGAAGCCGGAUAGAUUUUGAAGAUGUGGACUCGGAGUUGGACGAAACAGUUGCUCAUCACCAGUUGAGAGCCUCCGCGAUUUUAACUUCCAAUGCGAGGCCAUCUAGGUUAGCCCAUUCCAUGCCACACCAAAGGCAGCUUUACGUAGAGAGUAAUAGUAGCCAUAUACCAAAGGAUCAGGGCAUAAAGAAAGAUUAUAAUAUGUCGCCAUCCACAGUUUCUUCAAGCAACAAAUCUAAGUUAAGUGUGCCUUCCUCGGCAAGCCCUAUUACCAAAGUUCGUAAGCCUUCAAUAGUCAGUCCAAUCUCUGAAACCCCUCUAGAAAUGAAAGCUGAUACACAUUCCAAGCAGGCAGACCCCAAGAAAAGAACAUUUUCCACAACAUCCACGCAUUCGUCCAUUAACCCCAUGGCUCUGCUUACGAAAAGCGCAACCCAAAAAUCAGAUGUAGAAGAUGAUCCACAGGAUAGAAAGCCAGUGCGUAUGAACACCAGAGCCUCUUUUGAUAGCGAUGUUUCUCAGGCCUCCAGAGAGUCGCAAGAGACGGAGGAAGAUGUUUGUUUCCCGAUGCUUCCGCAAUUGCACACAAGAGUUAAUGGUAUAGACUUUGAUGAAUUAGAAGAGUACGCCCAGUUUGCGACAGCGGAAAAGAGCCAGUACCUGGCAAGCCUUCAAGGGCCCAAUGAACAAAAAUUUGGUAAUAUGUCUCACGAUAUUGGAUUUACAAGCUCUACCUCCACUUCAGGGUCCUCGGCAGCCCUCAAGUACACACCUAGAAUCUCGCAGACUGGUAAUAGUAUCAAUGAAGCAGACAUUCAUGAGAAGAAGGAAGACGAGGAAGAAGAUGAUAAAUCUGGACCACGUCCUGGCGUGUCAUUUGGUAAAAAUAAGGUGGAAGGAGAAGAAGACGACAAAAUUCCAGCUCAUGAUCCAGCAUAUUCGUCAUACGAAAAUAUAGAUUUUCAAAUUCCCAACAGGUUUUCAUUUUUUUGUUCAGAAUCUGAUGAAACCGUGCAUGCUACUGAUAUCCCGUCCUUGGUGUCUGAAGGCCAGUCGUUCUAUGAAUUGUUCAGAGGGGGGGAACCAACUUGGUGGUUAGAUUGCAGUUGCCCAACCGAUGACGAAAUGCGUUGCAUAGCAAAGGCUUUUGGAAUUCAUCCAUUGACGGCAGAAGAUAUUAGAAUGCAAGAAACUCGUGAAAAAGUGGAGCUUUUUAAGUCGUAUUAUUUUGUUUGUUUCCAUACAUUUGAAAACGACAAAGAAUCGGAAGAUUUCUUAGAGCCCAUUAACGUUUACAUUGUCGUUUGUAGAUCUGGUGUUUUGACCUUCCAUUUUGGUCCAAUUUCACAUUGUGCCAAUGUUAGAAGACGUGUAAGACAACUACGUGAUUACGUCAACGUCAAUUCGGAUUGGUUAUGUUAUGCUUUGAUCGAUGAUAUCACAGAUAGUUUUGCUCCGGUCAUUCAAUCGAUCGAAUAUGAAGCAGACUCUAUUGAAGAUUCUGUAUUCAUGGCUCGUGACAUGGACUUUUCGGCCAUGCUACAAAGAAUUGGCGAAAGUAGACGCAAGACAAUGACGCUAAUGAGGCUUCUAAGCGGUAAGGCCGAUGUCAUUAAAAUGUUUGCCAAAAGAUGUCAAGAUGAAGCUAAUGGUAUCGGGCCAGCGCUAACGUCACAAAUCAACAUUGCAAAUUUACAAGCAAGAAAAGAUAAUGUUAAUCGCACCAAUGAUAAUAGCUAUGCAACUUUACCAAACAGCUACGUGCCUACAACUUCACAACCAAGAGGGGAUAUUGCACUAUAUUUAGGUGAUAUCCAAGAUCAUUUGCUCACAAUGUUUCAAAAUCUGUUAGCUUAUGAAAAGAUUUUCUCUAGAUCACAUACAAACUACUUGUCCCAAUUACAAGUAGAGUCAUUUAAUUCUAAUAAUAAAGUUACGGAAAUGUUAGGAAAAGUUACGAUGCUGGGUACAAUGUUAGUUCCCUUGAACGUUAUCACUGGUCUGUUUGGUAUGAAUGUUCCGGUGCCAGGAGGAAAUACUAAAACUAUUGCGUGGUGGUUUGGGAUAUUGGGUGUUCUACUUUCAUUGGCUGUUGCAGGUUGGUUCUUAGCGAACUUUUGGAUUAAAAGAAUAGAUCCUCCGUCCACACUAAAUGAAGCUGCGGAGAGCGGGGCUAAGUCAGUCAUAUCCAGCUUUUUGCCAAGAAGAAAUAAACGAUUCAACGAUCGUUCUAAAAACGUCAAUGUAAGAGCCGGCCCUUCAAACAGGUCAAUCGCGAGUCUUCCUAGUAGAUAUAGCCGUUAUGAUUGA